AUGGGGUCUGUUUCCAACCAGCAGUUUGCAGGUGCAAAGCCGGGCGAGGAACCGGCCGGAGACUCUCCCAAGGCGGAGAACGAGCCGUUGCACGGCUCCGGCAUCUGUAAGUGGUUCAAUGUCCGCAUGGGCUUCGGCUUCCUCUCCAUGACCGCCAAGGGCGGCGCGACCCUCGACUCGCCCGUCGAUGUCUUCGUACACCAGAGCAAGCUCCACAUGGAGGGUUUCCGCAGCCUGAAGGAGGGCGAAGCUGUUGAGUUCACCUUCAAGAAGUCAUCCAAAGGUUUGGAGUCCAUCCGGGUGACCGGCCCGGGAGGCGUCUUCUGCAUCGGCAGUGAGAGGAGACCCAAAGGCAAGAGCCUCCAGAAACGCAGAUCUAAAGGAGACCGAUGCUACAACUGCGGCGGGCUGGACCACCAUGCCAAAGAGUGCAAGCUCCCGCCGCAGCCCAAGAAAUGCCACUUCUGCCAGAGCAUCAGCCACAUGGUCGCCAACUGCCCUGCGAAAGCACAGCAGUCCCCCAGCUCCCAGGGAAAACCUGCCUACUUCCGAGAGGAGGAGGAUAUGCACAGCUCGGCCCUCCUCCCCGAAACCCGGGAAUGA